AUGUCUUUCCUCGACCUCCGCAAUUUCACGGAGAUGAUGAGAGCCUUAGGAUAUCCGCAGCACAUUUCCAUGGGGAAUUUCCACACACCCAACUUUGGACUUGUAUCUGAAGUGCUCAUCUGGUUGGUGAAAAGGUACGAACCGCAAACAGACAUCCCUUCUGAUAUCGAGCCGGAACAAGACCUAGUUUUCUUCAUGAAGGCGAUUGCCCAGAUCAUGGCCACCAAAGCCCAUCUAAAACUCAACACUAAGAAGCUCUAUCAAGCUGAUGGGUACGCGGUUAAAGAGCUUCUAAAGAUCACGUCUGUGCUGCACAACGCGAUGAAGACCAAAGGGAUGGAGAGCUCGAGAAUAGGGGAGGAAGACAUCAGCAAGUUCAAGCUUGAUCUUGGCUCGAAGAUUGCAGAUCUGAAAGCAGCCAGACAGCUUGCUUCUGAGAUCACCUCCAAAGGUGCUUCCCUGUAUGACCUGCUGGGCAAGGAGGUGGAGUUGCGGGAACUGAGAACCGAGGCAAUCGCCAGACCUCUGGAAAUAAACGAGACUGAGAAAGUGAUGAGGAUCGCAAUAAAGGACAUUCUAGUGCAGGUGCAGAAGACCAAAGACUUGCUCAAUAACAUGGCCUCUGAUGAAGCAAAUUUAGAAGCCAAAAUUGAAAAGUGAAAACUGGAACUUGAGAGAAAUUGAAAGCGGCUGCAGACUCUGCAGAGCGUCAGGCCCGCCUUUAUGGACGAAUACGAGAAGAUUGAGGAAGAGCUGCAGAAGCAGUACGACAUCUAUCUGGAGAAAUUCCGCAACCUGACUUACCUGGAACAGCAGCUUGAGGACCAUCACAGGAUGGAACAAGAGAAGUUUGACGAAGCGGAGAACACCCUGCGUCUGAUGCAGAGCAAGCUGAAGGAGGAGGAAAAGCGGCUGCUCAAUGGAAGUAACAACGACUCCGACAUUGACAUCCAGGAGGAUGAGGACUCGGACCGUGAGUUGGAAGAGAGCCGCCUGUCCAAGCCGCGCACAGCCAUGGAGGUGCUCAUGCAAGGGAGACCCAACAAGCGCAUCAUGGGCACAAUGCAAGGCGGAGACUCAGAUGAUGAGGAGGACUCGGAACACAGUGAAAUUGACUUGGAAGACUACGACGAGGAAGAUGAUGACGACCUGGAAGAGGAGAGCAUUGCUCUGUCCCCAGCGAAGCCCAGUCGGAGGGUCCGAAAACCCGAGCCUCUGGAUGAGAGUGACAAUGACUUCUGACCCUCCUGCCCGGGGACCCAGACAGGUGAAAGGCCUUAGGUUGUAGUUAAACGGGUAACUGGGAGCCUAGGAAGGUGAUGGGUUCUGUUCACUAAGCCAGCUGGCUUGCUCCCGCUGGCACCUGCUGAGCCUGUAUCCUGUGGCCCUUACUU